AGAACUAGCCUUCUCUGUCAGCCUGCGGCCUCCUAGAGAAGCCGUCGCGUAUACGGUACGCCUGUCUCCACCACCACCACCACCACCACCACCACCACCACCACCACCACCACCACCACCACCACCACCACCUGCGCCAACCCCCGCCCCUCCACACAUGCUGCUGCUGCCCCCUGCCGCCCUCACCCCUCACACCCCACCCACACCCCACACACCCCAUCCCCCUGUCAUGCUACUAUCCCUGGCUACGCCUUCACUUCUUAAACAAUCAUGAAUGCCCGGCGUGACCACCAGGAGAUUGAGGACGUGGCAGUGGAGGCGGAGAUCCUGGAGUGCAGCCCGCAGCCGGACGGGCGCUACUACCUGGAGCUUGUGGGUCGGCGGCGUGUGAAGCUGGUGUCGCAUGGCGAGCUGGACGGAUACCGCCUGGCGCGGUGCGAGCCGCUGGCGGACGCGCCCGUGCCGGCGGGGGCGGAGGCGGAGGCGGUGGAGGCGCUGGCGGCGCAGGUGGAGCGGCAGGUGGAUGGGCUGCUGACUCAGCUGCGGCCGCUGGCGGCGGGCGGGGGGCGGCUGGCGGGGCGGCUGAGGGCGCUGCUGGAGGGGGUUGGCGACCGGCCGCCGCGGCAGCAGCACGAGCGGUUCAGCCUGUGGGCGGCCACGCUGGCCACCAACCUGUGCCCCGACCUGGACAAGGCGCCGCUGCUUCGCCUCACCGACACCCGCCAGCGCCUGAGGGCCGUGGAGCGGGCGCUGGGGGCGCGCAUGGCGGCGGCGGCGGGGCCGGGCGGGCAGCCCUGCGCGGUCAUGUGAGACGGCGGUGUGGAGGUGUGGGGGUGGGAAAGGAGGAGGUGUGGAGGAAGUAUGAAGGAAGUAUGGGGGUGGGGGAGGAGGAGGUGUGGAGAAGGUUAGGGGGAGGGUGGUGAUAUGCCCAAGCCCAACGAAUAGGGGGAAGGAGGUGGGGUUGUAGAUACCAGCCCGAACUGAACCGAACCCAAUGCAAAAGAGCGAGGAGGUGGUGAGGAGGUGGGGAGAGAUGGGUGGUGAAGAAUUGGGAGGAGAGGCCGAAGGAGGAGGGGGUGGAAUGUGGAGAUGUGGCGAAUCAGGAGCAGGUGAGGGUGCAGGCGUGUGGUGUUUAUCAAGUCCUGAACGGUAGGACGACCAAGAGGAUGUGCUUGGUGCUGCCUCGCGCGUGUGUGCACGUGUGCGUGUGGGAGAGAGGUGUGAAUUAGUGUUGUGAGCGGUGUGAAUAUCUGUAUCUACCUUCGCGCUGUACCAUAUUAAUGAAGACCGGCAGGAGGCGAGACCACGUGAGGCGAGACGGGGGCUGCAACUGAUUCAUGUCAGCUGUCCAUCACGUGCCGUGUGUUUGAGAGGGAGAGAGAGGAAUGUGUUAUGUGGCUGAGCUGAACUAUUUGCUGCAGUGUGGCGACGCCAAUGCCAUCGGAUCUUGGAGAAACUCUAUCUAUGCGCCAACGCAAAUAAUCGUGGUGCCCUGGAUUAAAUGCAUCUGUCACACA